UAAACCCUACCCCCCUUUUCCCCUCCCCAAACACAACAACCACGCAUCAUCUAUCAAAUCGUAACUACAUUCAGUAAUUUUUUAAUUAAAUAUAUAUUUCUUAUGAAUCAAUAGUUAUAAAUGCAAUCCAAGAUUAAUUCGUUCUUCAAACCCUGUUCUACUUCUUCUUUUUCGGCCUCACGAAAGAAAUCCGUAGAUUUGCCGGAUCUUUUCGCCCAUAAUUUACCUCCUGCUGAUGAUGAUGUUGAAAAAGAAGAAGAAGAUUUCAGUAGAGAACCCGAAGUUCCGAUUUUAUACACCCGACGAGCUCCAGACACUUAUAGGGAUGAUAAUGACGGUGCAGUUGAACGGGGUGAUGAAACCAAACUCGAUUUUGGACAACAGUCAGUGGUAGCAGAUUCUAACAGGGUUUUAAACAAGAAAAGAAAGUAUGCACAGUUUCAUUUGGAUUUGGGUCAAUCUGAUUUUAUGUUUCGUGAUUGUAAAACUUGUGGAUUCAAGUUUGUGCCUGGAGACGAAGAAGAUGGCAAGCUUCACAAAGAAUUUCACAAGAAUUACACUCAUGGUAUCCGAUUGAAGGGUUGGCGUAAUGAAAGACUUGUCAAUACGGACUCAUUAGAAAGCGGACGUGUGAUUUUGGUAUUGAAUGAUGAUCCCCCUGCUCAUGUUAACAAGGUUCAGGAGGUUAUCAAGAUGAUGGAAAUGGAGCUUGGUGAUGGAUGGAUUUUCCAUAAACACUGCAAGGUUUAUCUUUUUAUAUCUUCCCAGAGGGUUGCCGGCUGUCUAGUUGCUGAGCCAAUAAAGAAAGCUUAUCGGCUAGUUACCAACUCAAAUGCCAAGUCUGAUGUAACAACCAUCGCUAGAAGGGAUGGAAAAUUGACUUCAACUACCCUCCAAUUCGGGGGUAUUAGUUUCCAUAGAGAAAUUUUGAGAACAAAACUGUCAUCUGAAAGUGAAAAUAAAUCUGAUGAUGCCCUCCUUGGAGCUAUUAUUUGCGAAAAAGAUGCAGUGCCUGCUCUCUGUGGCAUUCGUGCAAUAUGGGUCACACCCUCCAACAGAAGAAAGCAUGUUGCCACUCAUCUACUUGAGGCCACAAGGAAAAGUUUCUGCUCGGGAUUGGUCCUUGAACAAUCUCAGUUAGCAUUCUCUCAGCCAACGAAUGCCGGGAAGUUAUUAGCAUCCAGUUACACCAAGAAUGAAUCUUUCUUGGUCUACACAACUAAUUCAUUGUAAGCCAUUAACUUUCCAAGUUUUGAAUUCAUGACUCUUAAUUAUAUCAAAUUAUAAAAAAACCUGUUUUAGUUAUAAUAUAUUGAUGAUGUGAUGAUCAUUUAUUGAUAAA